AUCUCAGAGAGAAGACAAACAGUCAGAGAGACCUGCUAGAGAAACAGCACACCUCAGAGGCUGAUACAAUUCACUGAAGAGAAGCCGGGAUGGGAGCCUACACUCUGUCCGCUGUCACCCUGGGCCUCUGUGUCCUGGGCACUUACUGCGCUCCACUCAAGUCUGUCUUUGUAACCUUCCCUGGAGAGAUUCUCAAGAAUAUGACUGACCAGGAGUUUGCCAACAGCUACCUGGAGCGCUUCGGAUACCUCAACCUGGAGGAGCGCAGCACUCGCCUGGCCUCCAAGUCUAAGGCACUACUGAGGAUGCAGAGGCAUCUGGGCCUGCCAGAGACUGGGGAGCUGAACACAGAGACACUGAGCGCUAUGAAACAGCCACGCUGUGGAGUCCCUGACAUCCGAAACUACCAGACCUUCACUGGAGACCUCAAGUGGGACCACAACGACAUCACAUACAGGACUCUGAACUACUCCCCAGACAUGGACCCCGCCGUCAUUGACGAUGCCUUCGCUCGGGCCUUCAAGGUGUGGAGUGAUGUGACCCCGCUGACCUUUACACGCCUCUACUCAGGCACGGCCGACAUCAUGGUGUCCUUCGGAAAGCUAGAUCACGGAGACCCCUACCCGUUUGACGGGAAGGAUGGGCUGCUGGCACACGCCUACCCCCCGGGUGAGGGCAUCCAGGGAGAUGCACACUUCGAUGAUGACGAGUUCUGGACCCUGGGCACCGGACCAGCUGUGAAGACGCGAUACGGUAACGCUGAGGGCGCCAUGUGUCACUUCCCCUUCCUGUUUGAGGGCAAGUCCUACUCCAGCUGUACCACAGAGGGUCGCUCUGACAACCUCCCCUGGUGCUCCACCACGGCUAACUUUGAUACCGACAAGAAAUACGGCUUCUGCCCCAGUGAACUGCUGUACACCUUUAGUGGGAACAGCGAUGGAGCUGAGUGCGUGUUCCCCUUCGUGUUCCUGGGCGAGACCUACAACAAGUGCACGACUGAGGGGCGCAGCGACGGCUACCGCUGGUGUGCCACCACCAGCAACUUCGACAAGGACAAGAAGUACGGCUUCUGUCCCAACCGAGACACAGCAGUGAUUGGUGGAAACUCAGAGGGGGAACCUUGUGAAUUUCCUUUCACGUUCCUGGGGAAGACAUACGAUUCCUGCACCAGCGAGGGCCGCGGGGACGGGAAGCUGUGGUGCGCCACUACCAGCAGUUACGACAGGGACCAGAAAUGGGGCUUCUGCCCAGACCGAGGCUACAGCCUCUUCCUUGUGGCGGCCCACGAAUUCGGCCACGCUCUAGGCCUGGAUCACUCCAACAUCCGUGAUGCUCUGAUGUACCCCAUGUACAGCUAUGAGGAGGACUUCCAUCUGCACCGGGACGACAUCGCCGGGAUCCAGUACCUCUACGGUCCCAAAACCGGACCGGACCCCACUCCACCCCAGCCUACUGAUGAAUCCCCUAAAACCACCACCCCCACCCCAACCCCCAGUGCGGAAACCCCCAAGACCCCCGUCACCACCCCAGACACUCCCGUCACCACCUCCCGCCCCAUUGACCCCUCCCAGGACGCCUGCGAGGUGAACCAGUUCGACGCUAUUUCAGAGAUCCAGGGCGAGCUCCACCUCUUCAAGGACGGACAAUACUGGAGGGUCUCUGCGCAGAGGAAUGGAGAGAUCAAGGGCCCGUUCCCCAUUGCUGAUAAAUGGCCGGCUCUCCCUGCCACCAUCGACACCGCCUUUGAGGACCUGCUCACCAAGAAGAUCUUCUUCUUCUCAGGCAAGCGUUUCUGGGUGUACCAUGGUCAGAACGUGCUGGGCCCCCGCAGUCUUGAGAAGCUUGGUCUGGGAAGCGACGUGGAUCAAAUUGUAGGAGCCAUCCAGAGAGGAAAGGGCAAGGUGCUGCUCUUCAAUGGGGAGAACUACUGGAGAAUGGACGUGAAAGCUCAGUCCAUUGAUAAGGGAUAUCCUCGCUACACUGAUGAGGUCUUUGGUGGUGUGCCUGUUGACUCCCAUGACGUCUUUCUUUACAAAGGAAGCUACUACUUUUGCCGGGACCGUUUCUACUGGCAGAUGAACUCCCGUCGCCAGGUCAGCAGAGUAGGCUACGUGAAGUACGACAUCCUGAAGUGUGUGGAUCCCUCACGCCGCUACUGAGCCCAUCUCUCUCUCUCUUUCUCUGACUCUCUCCUUUGCGGUGCUGGGAGAAUGAUUUAUUAUUGUAGGCACCCUCCACACAAAUGAAGAUGCCUUGUAUACCAGUGUGUGUUUUAUUGUAUUUCAUAGACCCCCUCCCUUAAUAGCUACUUAAAACCGUGUUCCUUAAUAACACUUACUGCUCAGGUCUGCACUGAGCUGCCCAGACAGACAUUAGGGGUCUGUAAACAGCACUGGAUUGUCUGUUAGGUUAGAGAGCACAAAUGUGAAAAAUGAAUCAUCACACAAUACUGCCCAAAUCUUUUUUUGUUUUUGUUCAGAAGAGAUCCGUCUGCCUGGUGCAAACGGAAAGAAAGGAAAACAUCAGCAGAUUUCGUAAUUUUAAUUUGUGUUGUUAUUAUUAUUAUUAUUAUUAUUAUUAAUUAUAAUUGGUUUAAUUGUAUUAUUUUUUUAAUACUUUGUAAUGUAAGAUUUUUUUUUUCUAUUUAAGAAUGUUCCAUAAGUGUGUAGCGAGCAACCCUUGAUGUGUUGCUGAAAGUGGAAUCUAAAUUAUUAAAGAAAAAAAGUAAAGAAUGAUACAAGAAGAUUGCUAUUUUGUACAACGACAGCUUACUCAAUAAACACACUGUCUUUCUAAA